ACAAUUUGACAUUUUGACAUUUUUGCUUCAACAAAACAAAAUACUAUUACUACAUUAGUUCUUGUUCUAAGAUUUUUAUUCCCAUCUCUUACAAAAUUGAACCCUAAACCAUUUCAAUGGCUCCGCCGGAAUAUAUCCCCGACGAGCCACUAACUCCGUCGGGAAGGCUAUUUCUUGAGCCACGGAUGAACACAAUCAUCCACUGUGUGCUCGGCGUCAAAAACAAAAUGGACGUGGAAGCCGUAAAAACAACGAUCAAGAACUCUGAAUUGCUAAAACAACCAAGAUUUUGCAGUCUUCUCGUUCACGACAAGAAUGGAUUUGAAUACUGGCGAAGAACGGAGGUGGACAUGGACAAACAUAUUAUAGUCGUCGACGACAAGGUCAACUCAUCGGAAAACGAGCACGAAGACGUCGAGAAAAUAGUUAACGAUUAUAUAGCUGAUUUAUCAGUAAGUUCGCCGCUUAGCUCCGAUAAGCCGUUAUGGGAGCUUCACGUUAUGGUUGAAAAAAAAUGUUCUAUUUUCCGAAUUCAUCAUGCUCUUGGAGAUGGAAUAUCGUUGAUGUCUCUGUUGAUGGCUAGCUGUAGAACGGAGGAGGAUCCAGAGGCGAAGCCGACUCUGGUGGCGGGUGGCGGUGGUCGCCGGAGAGGAGGAGGGAAGGGGUUGGGAAAUGUAUUAUGGAGAAGUAAUUUCAUCAUGGAGGUGUUGAAGGCGGUUUUUUUUAGUGUAGUUUUUUGUUUGGAGUUUGUUUUGCGGUGUUUAUGGGUUUGUGACCGGAAAACGGUGAUCUCCGGCGGUGAUGGGGUGGAGCAAUGGCCGAGGACGGUGGUUACUGCUAAGUUCUUGGUCGAGGAUAUGAAAGCGGUCAAAAAUGCUGUUGCUAAUGCGACUAUUAAUGAUGUUCUUUUCGGAGUAAUAUCAGCUGGAUUAUCAAAGUACUUAAAUCAUCGAUCGCCAAAUUCUCUGCGAGAGGGUCAGCAACUGACAGGACUAGCCAUGGUUAAUCUACGACAGCAACCUGAAUUGCAGGAUCUGACAGGGAAAACAAAAGGCAAUUCAGGGUCAAAAUGGGGAAACAAAUUUGGUAUGUUUCUUCUGCCUUCAUACUAUUAUAAAGGUCUUGAACCAUUAGAGUAUGUGAAGAGAGCUCAGCCAAUGACAAACAGGAAGAAGAAUUCAUUAGAGGCUCAUUUUUCAUAUCUAAUUGGGGAUCUCAUUAUGCAUUGGUUGGGACCAAAGUUUGCUUGCAUGCUUAACUACAGGAUUGUUUGUAACACUACCUUUACAAUAUCGAAUGUGAUUGGACCAAAAGAGGAGAUCACAAUAGCAGGCAAUCCUAUAACAUAUAUAAGGGUUAACACAACUAGCUUACCUCAUGCAUUGACAAUGCACAUGGUGAGUUAUGCAGGAAAAGCUGAUAUGCAAAUUUUGGUGGCCAAAGAUUUAAUUCAUGACCCAGAAUUUCUUGCAAAAUGCUUUGAAGAAUCAUUAGUUGAGAUGAAAAAUGCAGCUCAAGAAACCAUAUAAAAGAGUUAUAAUUGUAAUUAUACAGUAGAACUUGUUGUACAUUGUUCGAUUAAGGCUCAUAGAUUAUGAAAUUGUAAAGCCAAGUUUAUUGUACAAGAAAUACUUCACAAAAGAAAUGGAAAAAAAAAAUGUUUUGUUGGUCAUCAUAA